CUCAGCUAUCUCCCCUGAUCGCUUGCUCAGGAGUCGGCGCAUGCUCAGAAAGCACAGGAGAGAGGGUGAAGGUUCAGUACAAAGUGCGGACAGGUCUGCGGGAGAACAGUCUUGUGAAGAAGUGCAAUGUCCGACCUUCCAGGUUUAGAUAAAGCUCCAGAAGAUGUGGAGAGUGAUGACUGUCUGGCCGCCUACACCCAUCUCUACAGCCCGGUUCUCCUCCAGGGCAGAGUGGCCUUUAUCACAGGAGGGGGCUCAGGGAUCGGAUUCCGAAUUGCUGAAAUAUUCAUGAGGCAUGGCUGUGACACGGUGAUUGUUAGCAGAAACCUGCCAAAGCUGAAAGAGGCAGCUGAUAAAUUACAAGCGGCAACAGGGCGGAAGUGUGUUGCUGUGGCUGGCGAUGUCCGUCAGCCUCAGAGCCUGGUGGACGCUGUCGAUGAAGCCUUGAGAACUUUCUCCAGAAUAGAUAUCCUUAUAAACAGUGAGUUUUCCGGGGUGGUAUUUUCCAUCCUCUUUGAUGCGGCUGGGAAUUUCCUCUGCCCGGCCAGCAACUUGUCAUUCAACGCUUUUAAGACCGUCUUUGAUAUAGACACAAUGGGCACAUUCAACGCCAGCAAGAUUGUGUUUGAGCGCUAUUUCAGAGAUAACGGUGGAGUCAUUAUAAAUAUCACAGCAACUUUGGGUUACAAAGGACAGGUCCUGCAGGUGCAUGCUGGCAGUGCCAAGGCCGCCAUAGAUGCCAUGACAAAGCACCUGGCAGUGGAGUGGGGUCCAAGUAAAGUGCGGGUGAACAGCUUGGCACCUGGCCCCAUUGUUGGCACUGAGGGAAUGCGCAGAUUGGGUGGAGCAGCCGCAGAAGCAGCCGGCUUAUGGAAUAAUAUUCCUCUGCAACGACCAGGCAAUAAAACGGAGAUCGCCCAUGGAGCCCUCUUUCUGGCCAGCCCUUUAGCAUCUUAUGUUACGGGAACAACCCUAGUAAUGGAUGGUGGAUCCUGGAUGACCUCGCCUAAUUACCUUCAAGCAUCGCUGGGUACCGCUCCUUCUCACCUUUAGAUGUGUGGACCUCUCAGACCAAGACGAGUCAAUGAAGCUGCUGCAGGAAUUGGACAGUUAGCUCCUGAUCAACACUAAUUUCCUUGUUUGACGCAUUCCUGCUCCGUUCCUCAGCUAAUGCAGAGUGGUUUUUAUUUGGGGAACAUGCAGGCCAUGUAUUGCAAAGUUUUAUUGGGACAAAUAUGAUGGGGGGG